AUGGGAUCGGGCGAUUUGAAUCUACUGAAGUCUUGGAAUCCAAAACUAGUCAAAAAUAGAAAGAAAGUUUGGGAAAAUGAACAACAGUUAUUAAUUGAAGAAACUAAAUUACAGGAAAGGAAAAAAGAGAUUGAAAAGGAACGUCAAUUUAAUGAAUUGCUGGACGCCAAUAGAGAAGGUGAAUCAAAUAAAAAGAAGCAGACUGGAUUAGAGUGGAUGUACUCUCAUGAAUUUAAAGAUGAAAAGGAAGAUUACUUACUAGGGAAGAAAAAAUUAGAUGCAUCUGUCAUUAAAAGGCAAGAGGAAGAAGAAGAGGCAAAAGAUAAAGUUGUUUCUGAUACCUCUUCCAAAUCUAACAAGAAACAGAUAGAUUUUUCAUCAGAAGAUCCAAUGAGCAAACUAAAACAGGCUUAUAAGCAACAGAAAAGAAAAACUACAAUGACCUCCAAAAAACCCACAAAUAAGAUUGAAAAGGCUGCCUCAGGUACUAGAAAAGGCCCUAAUCCUUUUAUUAAGAAACAGCGAAAUACAAACAAUGGUUUAGAUUAUUAA